AUUUAAACUUGUAUUAAUCGAUACUAAAGGCAGCAAUUGUUUGUUGUUUUCCCGCCAGUUGUGAAGUCAGGAUUCAUGCGCCAGGUUACGUUAGAUAUGUUAGUUUAUUAAAAAUUUCAUUCACAAAAGUUGAGUGUCAGUGAAUUAAACUUUGUCUAAUGCGAGUUUUGUUUUCCCUUAAACCUAUGCUAUUGUGUCGUUUUCAUUUAUGUGUUAUUUCUGUAACCUAAUAUGAGUUUAAUUACAACUAAUUGGCCCAGUGAAUUUUCAGAAUUAAAGAAAUUGGAAGGCAUCUUACAUUGCCCCAUUUGUUAUGAGUAUAUAAAUACUUGCAUGAUAACAUCAUGUUCACAUAAUUUUUGUUCAGUUUGCAUUCGCAAAUAUUUGCAGUUUAAAAAUCAGUGUCCAACUUGUUCAGAAGAGACAUAUGCUGGCGAUCUCAGGAAAAAUAGACCUUUGGAUGAGAUAGUUACCAUCUACACUGAUGUCAAGGAACGCCUUUUGUUUAAAUUGCGUCUCAUAAAUGUCACACAGUCGAUUAAGGGUUGUCAGACAGAAAACUGUAAUGGUUUCGCAUCCACACCAAAAAAAUCAGAAUCAGAUACUAGUAGUGAUAAGGAUACCCCUAAGAGUGAAAAGCCAAAGAAAAAAGUUGUGCAGAAGUUAUUUAGUGAGAAAAAACCUCCUGAACCAUUAGUUGUCGGAGGUCUUACUAUUCCAACAAUAUUUCAACCACGCAAAAGUCCUAAAAAAAAUGUUGCUCUGCCUAAACCAGAAACCAAACCAUGUCCUGUAUGUAAUGUAGAUGUACCUGUUAAAAAUAUUAACUUCCAUUUGGAUUCUUGCCUUGCUGCUGCAGAUCCAGUUGUCACAAAACCUAAGCCACCAGUGGAAAAACGAAAGCCACUUACAAAAUUGGUGUAUACUAUGAUGAAAGAGAAGGAACUGAAAAGGUAUCUUAAAGAACAUGGUCUCAACUCUAACGGUGACAGGAAAUCAUUGAUCUGGCGAUUAAAUAGGUACACAGUACUUUACAAUGCCGAAUGUGAUUCUGAACAUCCGAGACCAGUCGCUGAUAUAUUGAAGCAGGUGGAACGAGAGGAAAGAGAAGAAAAAACGACUCCUUUGUUUCAGGCCCCUAAAAAUAAAACUACAAUCGAUAAAAACUCAGAUCCAGAGAUAAUCGAAAAACAUAACAAAGAAUAUCUUCAGGUAAAUAAAGAUCACUUUAAUGCACUGAUAGAAUCCAUGAAGAAGCGUAUGGGAAAGAACAUAAAGACUUCAAACAGAAUAGAUAGUGAUGAGGAAAUUAAACCCGAUAUUACUCCUUUGGUUGAAGAUCAGGUACCAUCUACCUCUAAAGCUACCGAUAUAGACUGUACUGUUUCUAUUUACUCUCAAGUGACUGUUGUCGACUCUGACUCUGAUAGCGAUAUAUUUGAAAAAUCUACUACUAAGAUAGAAGCCGAUGUGCAUCAGAUCGAUUGGAACAAAACCAAAGUCAAUGAAGAAUUUACUCAAGAAACAGAUUUAAAAGAUGAAACUGUUAAAGAAAGCAAAGAAUUGGAUGAUUCUAUAAUACAUGACGAAGAUUCCAAUUCAUACGAGUCCGUUUUCGAUAAGUCUGGUCGUGGUGAAAUAUCCUUAGUGAAAACUCCUGUCGGCAAAGCACAUUCCCUUUCUGCAAGAAAGAAAACUAGAACACCAUCACAAACAGCUAACAGCUCACCUUCCAACAGCAAAAUGGAAAAAAUGGUGGAUGAAAUUUUUGAAAAGAAUGAUGAUAAAAUGUCCGAUCAGUUAGAUGAAGAAUCAGAAUCUGAUGAAGAUGAUGAUGAAUCAGAAGACGAAGGAUUCCAAUUCAAAACUCCAGUAAAAAAUUAUGACAUGUCUCCUGAAAUUAGCCCAAUGAAAACCAGAUCAAAGCGAAAAUGUGCUCCAUCCACUGAUGAAAAGAAACUUACUAGAUCAGAGACGAGGCAGAAACGUGUAAAACGCUCUAUUUCUCCUUGUUAUUAAGUAAACUAAGAUGGUUUGUUAAUUUAAUAUAAUUAAAAUUGUUUUAUUAUUGUUAAACAAAAAUAUUUUAUUAUUGAUAACAUAACUGUAAUUUCGAUCACCUACUGUCUUAUAAAACAGUUACUAGCAAUGCUUUGUAAAGAAAAUGAAAAGUAACUUUGUGUUGAAUGUUAGACGAUAGCAAGUAGAGUUGUAAAUAUAUAUAUUGUCAUUAAAAAAGUCUUUGUAUAAUAUCACCCAGUGACUAAUAUAAAUACUGUUUCAUUUUUUAAAUUUA